AAUGGAAUAACGCUGCGCUCGUUUGGUUGGCUGGUUUUGGUGCUCGGUGUGUUGAGGAAAAGUGGUAGUCGUGGUUGUGGUUGUGGUGGACCGAAUCUGUGGAGGUGGCACACUUGGAAGACGGCUCUGCGAAGAUGUAAAUGGGUUCAUAAAGCCUGACGGUGCACUAAAGUGCUCAUCCGAAAAGAUGGAGAACUGCGACACGUACGCACAGGAUGAUGAACAGGGACCAAGCACCAACCUGCUUGACCUGCCCUCCGAGAUCAUCGAGAAGAUAUUGCGGCAUACGAACUUUGCGACCAUUAGCAACACUCGCAUGGUGUGCCACCACCUGAACAAUGCGGCAUCUGGACUGCUCAACUCGGAGUUUGUGCGGCUGCGGUGUUCCAUGCAACAGCGCUUUCAGGCCAUCAAGGCGCAGAUGCCACGACGGGAGUCAGCGCGCCGCAAGCACCCGCUCUCACGCGAGUGUGACAUCAUCGAGACGGUGCACAUGCGGCUGACCCUGCUGCAGAUGACUUUUGGGAAGCACAUUGAGCGAAAGCACUGCUGCUUCUUCCCAGGGGAGAUCUUGGACGAAGUGCACCGCAUCCUGAGGUACGUGGAGGUGACGCCCACGCUGAGCCGUGCCUACAAGGUGACGGAUGAGCUCUUUGACCUGACCACCAUGGCCAUGGAGUACUUCAAGGAGCACAUUGAGCCCACGCUGCCCGAGAUCAGCUACUUCGCAGCCGACUUCCUCGACUACCCUUCUUCUACUCUCGUGACUAGCUUGAAAAGCCAGAUAUCGCUGAUGGAGGCGCCGCCGUGUACAAGCACGCAGGGCUCACUGUCCAGUGCACCCCAGUCUCCUCAGCCGCCUCCAGUCAACCCAACAGUGAAGAAACGCCUACGAAAGCUGAGGGAAAGCAUGAAGAAAAACAGCGGGCAGGUGCUGGCGCUGCGUCGAGAGCUGAAGCUGACGCGCCGGCGGGUAACCAACCAGGCGGCACAUAGUGGAAAUGAAGGCGCGCAGGACGACUACGACCAGAAGUUGCAGACGACGUCGCGCAAGCUGAACGCGGUGCUGCAGGAGCUGAACCGGUGCAAGACGGAGUUGCAGUACUGGCGCUCCAAGUCGCCCGCCGUGCCGGCCUGCACCUGCGGCAAGACCACUCCGCUUAGCGGGGGCCCUCCCAGGGUGCCCCUAUCGACUUCACACCCAUCGACUUCCAGGAGGCUGCCUCUUCCUCUUUCGGACUGCAGGCUUGUAGUGGCUGUCUGCGAGCUUCGACGGCAAAAGUAA